AUGGUAGAGAUGACUUUUCUAGAUCUCCCUUCAGAAAUCCAACAGUUGAUUGUCUCCUGCGUCGCAAAAAAAUCCUUUCAAGCUCUGUAUAGACUCAGAUCUACUUGUAAGUCAAUGCGUGCGCUGGCAGACACGCCUGAUGUCUAUUCUUCGUUUGAUAUGUAUAAAUACCCUUGGUGGACAAGCUUGCGUGAUACGUUGUUGAGAAGAUGCUACGAUGUAGGAAACCCAAGUACUCUUUACAUCAAGGGUGUUGAGUAUUUCUACGCCCUACAACGCCACGAAGAAGGUCUUGCUUUGAUGAAGAGAGCAGCGGAUGCUGGAUACGAACGAGCAUUGUAUAUCUAUGCAAUGACUCCCAAACUCUACUGGGAUGAUGAGGAAUACUUCGCUA